CCUUUCACUCACACAAACAGAGCAAUCACACCCCACCUAUAAGUCAUAAAACCUCUUCUUCUAUCUACCUUUUUUUUUUCUUCUUUCUUUAUACUCCAAAAUUAAGUACACCAAACAAAAAGCAAAACAGAGAAAAUAAACAAGAGAAGAUAAAUAGUACUUCUCUUCUUCCUCUUCUCAAUCCUUCAAUUCCAUCCCAAAAUCCUCACCAAGCACCAUGGGAAUCAACUUGCUAGAAGCUCUUAAUGUUAGAGUAGUCGGAAACGGAGAGAAAGUUGUAGUUUUCGCACAUGGGUUCGGUACCGAUCAAUCGGCUUGGCAACGAAUUCUGCCUUACUUUCUUCCUAAUUAUCGGAUAAUUCUCCAUGAUCUUGUAUGUGCCGGAAGUGUUAACCCCGAUUAUUUCGACUUCCGGCGGUACACAAAUUUAGACGCGUAUGUGGAUGAUGUUCUUCAAAUUCUCGAUGCACUUGGGAUCGAGAAAUGUGCUUAUGUUGGUCACUCUGUCUCCGCAAUGAUCGGAAUCAUCGCGUCCAUUCGUCGGCCUGAGCUAUUCACUAAGCUCGUCCUUAUUGGUGCCUCCCCGAGGUUUUUGAAUGAUGUUGAUUAUCACGGAGGAUUCGAACGAGGCGAAAUCGAGACAGUUUUUGCAGCUAUGGAGUCCAAUUAUGCAGCAUGGGUCAGCGGGUUUGCGCCAUUAGCAGUUGGAGCUGAUGUUCCAGCAGCAGUACGAGAAUUUAGUCGAACACUGUUCAACAUGAGACCGGAUAUAUCAUUAUUCGUAUGUCGCACUGUUUUUAACAGUGAUUUGAGGAGUCUGUUAGGGUUUGUUAAAGUUCCUUGUUGUAUUAUUCAAAGUGCUAAAGAUGUAUCAGUCCCAGUUGAAGUUGCCAUGUAUUUGCAAACACAUUUAGGUGGUCGGAAUACUGUCGAGAUUUUGCAUACUGAGGGGCAUUUGCCUCAUCUUAGUGCUCCGGCAUUACUUGUAACUGUUCUCCGACGAGCUUUGUCGAGGUGAGUGAGUGUUUUGUUUUUAGGAGAUUGUUGUGGACCAAAUUUAAUCCACGGAUGCGUUUGAGUUUGAGAUGCUGACAUUUGAGAAUAAAAUUGUGGACAAUAUCUAGUCCUUCGAGUACUA